AGCAUUCUCGACUAUCCACCAUCAGAUGGAAACUUCGUGACGAAAUCACUCAACUAAUUCUUGACGGCGCUGAUAAGGAGGAGUUAGAAAAGACAAAGUCAUCAUAUAAUGACGUCUUGAGUGCUCUUCGCGAGUUAGAGACAAGAAAGCGAGUGGAUCCGAUAGAGGUUUUACCUGGAGAGAUCAUUGCUAGCAUCCUCCUCGGGUUACUACAAGACGAAACCGAGAGACAUGAAGCCAAAAAUCCAGAUAUACUCCUAUCGUCGAUGAUGGUCUCUAGGAAAUGGCAUCAAUUCAUCAUUUCCGACCCAUUAUUGUGGAACUACAUUCCCCUAUUAGGUCAACCGGAUGUCUCGCUUGUGCUUAGGCGACACCUCUAUCGAUCCGCAGGUCUCCCU